CGAAUGGACCCGCCACGUCUGGUCCACGCGAAUCUUGCAGAGGGGUAAACUGGGCAGACUCGCCCUACGCAUGCAUUAAUCGACCGUGGAUCCAUGAACUCCAACUAUUUCUAUCUCUAUCUCUAAACCACAUCCAGUUAAUAUCUCGAAUUGAUUUCCCACGAGAAACGCGUCGAUUCCGUUCUGCCUGGUGUUUAGCCGCAGCCGGUGCCAAAGCGCCCAAUCCCGAUCGCCCCUUCCGAUACAGCAUGCUGGAUAUUGUUUCACAAACGACGCCGUGAUGGAUGAUGUGCCUGCAGCUCCGGGCAAUGGCAAAGCCAAUGGGAAUGGCGCCGCCCCUCCAGAGAUGCCAGCCGCCGCUAUUGGUCAUGAGCUCCCAUAUGUCGCACCCUCUUCCUACCUUCGUCCCAAACCUCAAAGUCGCAACGCCAUGCCAGAAUCACAACCGUUCGGGCUUCUGGAUAGAGAUCAAAUGCAAGGCCUGAAUGGCAUCCGCGAGUUCCUGAAGAUCAGGACAAGCUAUGACGUCCUUCCUCUAUCGUUCAGGCUCAUAAUACUAGAUCAAGAUCUGCUCAUUAAGAAGAGCCUCAACAUCCUAAUACAAAAUAGCAUAGUCUCGGCACCACUUUGGGACUCUAAGAACUCGACCUUCGCUGGUCUUCUGACCAGUACUGACUACAUCAAUGUCAUUCAGUACUACUGUCAAUACCCCAGUCGCCUGGACGAGGUGGACCAGUUUCGAUUGAGUAGUCUUCGAAAAAUUGAAAAGGCAAUCGGUGUGAUACCGCCCGAGACGAUAUCAAUCCACCCAAUGCGGCCGCUUUACGAGGCCUGCGUCCGGAUGAACGCUACACGUGCACGGAGGAUACCCCUGAUCGAUGUGGAUGACGAGACAGGCAGAGAGACGGUUGUCAGCGUCAUCACACAGUAUCGAAUCCUGAAAUUCAUUGCGGUCAAUAACGAAAACUAUUCGCAGUUGCUGCGCAAACCAGUUCGCGAAUGUGGUUUGGGCACAUAUGAGAAUAUCUUCACGGCACGCAUGAGCCACAGCGUACUAGACGUGAUCAAUCUCAUGGUGUCGUACAGCAUCUCGUCGGUUCCCAUUGUGGACAAGGAUAAUCGCGUAAUCAACGUUUUCGAGGCAGUUGACGUGAUCCCCUGCAUCAAGGGGGGUGUCUAUGACGAGCUGACAGCUACGGUGGGCGAAGCACUCGCAAGGCGGUCGGAUGAUUUCCCAGGAAUCUACACCUGCUUUGAGGAUGACCGUCUAUCCUCCAUCUUCGACACUCUACGAAAGUCUCGGGUGCACCGUUUUAUCGUGAUUGACGAUCAAAGUCAACUGAAGGGCAUCAUCUCGCUAUCAGACAUCCUCAAAUACGUGCUUGGCGACGAGGCGGAAGAGACAGAUGGUUCCAAAGAUGGCAGGAAGUGAAAGGAAUUUCUGAGCGGCUGCCGUGGCAUUUUUCAUUGCAUGGAUGACGAUGAUAAUGAUGAUGGAAUUUUUCUAGCUGCUGUUAUUACUAAAGGUAAUGAUUUGAGGCUAACUUUCACUCGAUGGGUUUUGAUUUGUUCGCAUUUACAAGGCGUCAAGGCCAGCGCGACGGGGGGCGGAUGGAUAAGGUACUUACUCAGGUACUACUUUUUGGCGCAUCUUUGCUUUCUCCAGUCUACUUCCAAUUCGAUUCCCUCUAUUUGCUUCAUCUUCGUGUUCUGUUUCUCCCCUUCCCAUAUCUCGAUUCAGAAUUUUCUUCCUUUGCUUGAGCUCCCGUAGAUCAGUGGUCUGGUUGAGGGUGGCUUUCUGGAAGUGACUGGGGUCCCUGAGGGGCCAAAUGUUUGUUUCUGUAGGUGAUUGCUUUUGGGUGAUGCGGCUGUACAAGGCUCACCCGGGGUAUUCUUAUUUCUGUGAGGCGC